GUUUAAAUAUUUCUAGACAUUACAAGAAUUGCUGGUGAUUGUAUCAAUUUAAUUAGAUGUUAAUCAUGUUCGAUCCAAUUUCAAGACUUUCAUUUAUUCUCACUCCCCUCUUGUGUACACUUCUUUUCUUUUUAGUAAGUUCUGGUAUUCAAGCGCAAGCCACGAGUACUCUUGCUCCAGUGAAUGCUCUUCGUGAAAUAGCUAAAGAAUUGGGAAAAAAGAAAUGGAAUUUUUCCCUGAACCCUUGUGGUGGAGAUCCCAGCUGGAACACAAAUGUGACAGACACAGGUUCUCAGUUUAAAAACAGUGUUCUGUGUGAUUGUUCGUAUCCUGGUGGUGUUUGUCACGUUGUUGAGAUAGUUCUCAAGGGGCAGGAUCUUGCAGGAGUUCUUCCUCCGUCUCUAGCAAAGUUACCUAAAAUCAAGAAGAUUGAUUUAUCGUUUAAUUAUCUAAAUGGCACCAUACCUCCUCAAUGGGCGUCAACAAAUCUGGCCUUCUUUUGAGCUACUUCUGAAUCUUGAUUUUCUCUAAGUUGAUUUAUAUCUAAUUAUUAAAACUUACUGUGAUAUAGAGCUGUUACGGCUAAUCGCCUGUCAGGAAGCAUUCCAACAUCUUUGGGGGAGAUAACCUCUCUUGUAACUGUGAUUCUGGAGAACAACAUGUUCUUCGGAACUGUUCCUGCUGAGCUUGGAAAAUUAACAAAUUUAUCAGUUCUGGUCUUGAGUGCAAAUAAUUUCUCUGGUAAAUUGCCAGAGGAGCUUAAUCUUCUCACAAAUUUGACAGAACUCCGGAUAAGUAGCAACAACUUCAGUGGGAAAAUUCCAAACCUUGGAAACUGCACAAAACUUCAGAAAUUAGAGAUCCAAGAUAGUGGUCUAGAAGGACAAAUACCCGAAAGUCUUUCCUUCUUGAGAAAUAUAACAGAACUACGGAUUUCUGAUUUAAGUGGAGAGGGCUCACAUUUUCCAAAUCUGAGUAGGAUGGCGAACAUGACUAAGUGGAUGUUGAGAAGCUGCAAUAUAAUUGGGACUAUUCCAGAGAUCUCAGUUUCAACAAUCUGAAUGGUGAUAUACCAGAUCUAAGUGAAAAGCAUGUUAAAAAAAUAUAUCUGACUGGUAACUCCCUGGAAGGCAGUCUUCCUAAAUGGAUCACAGAUAAAGAUCUUGUAGAUCUUUCCUACAACAACUUUAGUAAAGACACUGUGCCACAAGAUUGUGGUGAAUCACUGAACUUAUUCAGAAGCUACUCAAGUGGGAAUAACUCUGACCUUGGGAAGUGCCAAAGCAGCCUUCAAUGCUUAGAGGACUACUAUUCAGUUUAUAUCAAUUGUGGUGGGCCAGGAGUUACCAUUGGAAACAAGACUUAUGAAGCAGAUGAAUAUCUAGGUGGACCUGCAAAUUUUUUUCCUUCAAGUGAUCGUUGGGGAUUUAGUAACACAGGAAGUAUAUGGUCUGGUGAUAAUAGUGAUUCACAUUACAUAGAAAAUAAUGCAUCUGUACUCACUAUGAAUGACUAUGAACUUUACACAAGAGCUCGCCACACUCUGCUUUCUCUCACUUACUAUGGCCGUUGCUGUUGGCACAAGCCCUUGAAAACACACACACAACACACACUCUCACGUAGUUACAACAAAUAGAAUAUGCAGAAGCUUCACUAUUCUGAUGGAAAAAGGUGAAAAUACAAAAGGAAAAUAACACCUAUUUGUAAGUAAAAAAACAAACAUGCACAUGCUAAUCUCGUAUCUCCUAUAAACUUGGUCAACCUGACCAUUUUCUGUUGUGCACCUUCUAGAACAUGGGUAUAAUCCCUUUAUUUCAGCAUGACUCAAUCAAACACUCCUGGAUCAUGAACUAGAUCCGACCCAUGACCCGUUGAACCAACCGAUUAACCCAGCAGUUGCUUAGCAAAUGGAAAGUAUACUGUGACUCUACAUUUUGCAGAGAUAGUUUUCAGAGACAACCAAUCUUACAAGAGUCUUGGAAGACGUGUUUUUGAUGUUUAUGUUCAGGGUGUAACCAAGUUGAAGAAUUUUGAUAUCAAGAUUGCAGCAGGUGGGGUUGAUAAGGAAGUAAAUAUAACCUUAAAAGGCAUACGUGUUACUAAUAAAACAUUAGAAGUCCGGUUCCAAUAUGCUGGAAAGGGUACAACAGCUGUCCCAUUGAGAGGGGCUUAUGGUCCUCUUAUAUCUGCCAUUUCUAUGGUCGCAGAGUUCAAGCCUCUAAGCCAUGGGAAAAUAACUCAUGGGAAAAUACCUCAUUGGAAAAAAUAUACAUUUGUUGCCAUUGGAGUGGUGGCUGCAGCUUUGUGUCUAAGUCUCCUAAUUCUUGGCAUCGCAUGGAAGAGGGGUUAUAUAGCGGACCAAAAUUCAAGAGAAAAAGACCUAAGAGGAAUGGAUUUGCAGACUGGUGUAUUUACAUAUAGACAAAUCAAGGCUGCCACCGACAGUUUUGCUGAUUCAAAUAAACUUGGCGAGGGUGGUUUUGGAUCUGUUUACAUGGGUAGACUAUUAGAUGGAACUCCAAUUGCUGUGAAGAAACUCUCUUCGAAAUCAAAGCAAGGAAAUCGUGAAUUUGUGAAUGAAAUAGGCAUGAUAGCCGGUAUACAACACCCAAAUGUUGUAAGGCUAUAUGGAUGUUGUGUUGAAGGCAACCACCUUCUGCUAGUUUAUGAGUACAUGGAAAAUAAUUCUCUAGCGCACGCUCUAUUUGAGCACAAUAACUCUAAGUUAGAAAUUGAUUGGCCUACAAGACAAAGAAUUUGUGUUGGCAUUGCAAAAGGCUUGACAUUCCUGCAUGAGGAUUCGGUGCUCAAAAUGGUUCAUAGGGACAUCAAGGCUACAAAUGUACUCCUGGAUGCUGACCUUACACCAAAGAUCUCAGAUUUUGGUUUGGCCAAACUUGAUGAAGAAGAAAACACUCACAUUACCACUAGAGUUGCUGGAACUAUAGGGUACAUGGCACCAGAAUAUGCAUUACGGGGAUACUUAACCUACAAAGCAGAUGUAUACAGUUUUGGAGUUCUUGCACUAGAAAUUGUUGUAGGAAAGAGUAAUAUGAAAUAUCGGCCAACUGAGGAUUAUUAUUGUCUUCUUGAUUGGGUUGUUGUUCUGCAACAAAAGGGGAGAUUGAUAGAGUUGGUGGAUCCAAGAUUGGGCUCUGAAUUCAACAAAAAGGAGGCAGUGCGGAUGAUCAAAAUUGCUCUAUUAUGCACUAAUAAGGCCCCGGCUCUUAGGCCUACCAUGUCUGAAGUGGUUAAUAUGCUUGACGGCCGUACUAAAAUAAAAGAACCAAACAUGAAUGUAAUUAUGUCUGAGGAGGAAUUGAUGUUAAAAGAAAUUGGACCAAAGUUUCACGAGAUGAAGCCCCAUGAAUCUGAUCAAACAGAGAUUUCUAUUGAACCAACAGCUUUCAGCUCGCACGACCUGUAUCCCGAUAGUCAAAAUUUCUGAAAAACGUUGACGUGUACUGGUGUAACCAUCAGUAUACUAUUUCUCAUGCUAAAAUGCUGGUGAGCUCGUUGCUCUUUGUGGUUUGACUUUUCUUGAUUUGGAUCUAGCUUUUCGAGUCUGAUGGAAAAACUAUGAAUCCAGUAAGGUGUCUAUGGUAUUAUAUAUAGAAGUAAGUUCAAAUAAAAACAGUAAAUAGUGUGAAAACGUAAAAACAUUAUGUUUAAGUUAUUAUUUUGCAAUGAAUGUUGUAUAUGGGUAUUGUUGAAAUAAUUCUAAUAUAAAUAUUAACGUUUGAUUA